AUGGCCGACGACAGCGUGCCCCUCCCCUACCCCAACCUCAAAGUCCACGAGUGGCACUUCCAGCUCCAGCACGUCGAAAGCAGGCGCGCAGAGGUCGAGCCCAAGUUCUGGGAGGCCGUCGAGAAGGAUGAAAUGGCGCCCUAUCUCAAGUCGCUGGGAUCAGACAAGGCAGAGCUAAUUGCCAACCUGGAAGAGGCCAACAAGAAGGUCAUCGAGGACUAUGACAAGAAGAUCAAGGAAGCCGAGGAGAAUGAGGGGGAGAGCGAGGUUGCAGAAGGGCUGAGGGGCAAGGCGAUGUACUAUGUCAGGAUAGGAGACAAGGACGCCGCCCUGCCAGCACUCGAAACAGCGCUCGAAAAGACGGCCGGCGUCGGUGCCCGCAUCGACCUCGUCCUCGCUAUCGUCCGCAUCGGCCUCUUCUUCUCCGACAUCCCCCUCGUCACCUCCAACAUCACCCGCGCCACUGAACUCAUCGACGCCGGCGGAGACUGGGACCGCCGCAACAGGCUCAAAGUCUACCGCGCCCUGCGCCACUUGAUCAUUCGCGAAUUCACAGAAGCGGCCGAGCUGCUGAUCGAUUCCCUGUCGACGUUUACCGCGACAGAGUUGAUGGAGUAUGAAGAGUUUGUCGGGUUGACCGUCCUUGCGGCGGGUGUGGGCUGUGAUAGGAAGAGUAUCAAGAACAAGGUUCUCGCUUCCCCCGAAGUCACCUCUGUCACUGAACAGAUACCCUCCCUCAUCUCCAUGACCCAAUCCCUCCACAAAUGCUCCUACGCCCCCUUCUUUGUCGCCCUCGCCGAGGUCGAAUCCACCCACCUCCUCCCUUCCCCUUACCUCGCCCCCCACGCUUCCUACUAUGUCCGCGAAAUGCGCAUCAAAGCCUACGCGCAGCUCUUGGAAAGCUACAGAAGCUUGACGGUGGAGAGGUUCUGUAGAGAGUUUGGCGUUGGGGAGGCGUGGAUGGACAAGGACUUGUCGAGGUUUAUUGCGGGUGGCAGGUUGGCUUGUAGGAUCGACAAGGUCAGUGGCGUCAUCACCACCAACAAGUCGGGGCAGAACAAGGGAGCGGUGUAUGAGCAGGUGUUGAAGCAGGGUGAUCAGCUGCUGAGUGAUAUUCAAAAACUCCACAGGGUUGUUGGUUAA